AAAUGAACUCACCAUUAAUCUAUCCUGGAAGAACAUAAACAUGGAGAUGAAAACUGAGAUUGAAACGCAUAUAAAUUUAGCUUGGAAGUUUUUUACCACCCACUAAGGAAGUGUUGGUUGAAGGUGCGGGCCAUGGACUUCGUCUCGUCCACAGCCAUCCUACCUCUGCUGGUGAGCUGUGUGGGAGUCUAUAGCGUCUUCAAGCUGCUGCAGCACUUGUUCAACAAGACUUACGUCCAGAACUCAGUGGUGGUCAUCACAGGUGCCACCUCAGGUCUAGGGCGAGAAUGUGCCAGAGUCUUCUAUGCAGCAGGAGCAAAGCUGGUGCUCUGUGGACGGAACAAGGAGGCCCUAGAAGAGCUCACAGAAGAACUCAUGGCUUCUCCCACUACCCAAGACCAGGCGCACAAGCCGUGCACAGUGGUCUUUGACCUCACAGACCUUGAGGCCAUCACUGAGUCAACAACUGAGAUUCUAGACUGCUUUGGCUAUGUGGAUGUGCUCAUCAACAAUGCCGGGAUCAGCUACCGUGGUGACAUCAUCGACACCAGCAUCGAUGUAGACAAGAAAGUCAUGGACACAAACUACUUUGGCCCAGUUGCCCUCACAAAAGCACUCCUACCCUCCAUGAUGACACGGCGACAAGGCCACAUCGUUGCCAUCAGCAGCAUCCAGGGAAAAAUCAGCAUUCCUUUUCGGUCCGCAUAUGCAGCCUCCAAGCAUGCAACCCAGGCAUUCUUUGACUGUCUGCGCGCAGAGAUGGAGCAGUAUGGGAUCGAGGUGACUGUGAUCAGCCCCGGCUACAUCCACACCAACCUCUCUCUCAACGCCAUCACCUCCAAUGGGUCAAGAUACGGAGUGAUGGACAAGAACACAGCUGAAGGCCGAAGCCCCAAGGAGGUGGCCCAAGAUGUCCUCACUGCUGUGGGCGAGAAAAAGAAAGACGUUGUCCUGGCCACUCUGGUGCCUUCUCUGGCUAUUUAUCUUCGAACUCUGGCUCCGGGGAUCUUCUUCAAUCUCAUGGCCUCACGGGCCCGCAAGGAGCAGAAAUCCAAGGACGCCUAGUGCUAACAGCCAUUGGGGAAGCAACACCUCCCUGUUGUAGCCAAAGGAAUGAGGGACAGUUGUAUGUGCUGACACUUGACAGAAAAUCUGUCUCGGGGUGGGGAAAAGGAUGGAUAUGUGUGACCUGCAGCUCUGCAGACAGGCCCCUGUGGGUACCGGCACUAAAAAGGUAACCAGCCUCUCAGCCUCUUCCUAGGGCUAAGGGCAACAAUGAAAGAGUAACUGUUGAACUGGACUCUAAGGGCUUUAAGAUAAUGAAAUAAAUUCAUGUAGCAGUAAGAGUCAUAAUCCUCAACAAUUAGUAGAACCAUGCUUGAAUUCCAGGCUUUGCCCAGAAAUUUCUUCUCUUGAAAUCAGAAUCAUUUUAACUUCACUUGG